AUGCACGAACCACCAUCGACACCCUCAAAUACAGUUGGAUCUACUAUUUGUGCAAGUUGUUCACUCCCAAUCGAAGAACAAUUCUUAUUAUGUGUGAUGGGCACAUAUUGGCAUGAACGUUGUCUUGUCUGUGUUGAAUGUCAGGAACCAUUGGUAGCCACAUGUUAUCACAAAGAAGGGAAAAUCUAUUGUAAAAGAGAUUAUUUGGAAAUAUUCGGCAUGCGAUGUUCGAGAUGCAAAGCAAUUCUUGGACCGGAUGAAAUAAUUAUGAAAACAUCGGGUCAAGUGUUUCAUUUACAAUGCUUUAGAUGUUCAUUCUGUGAUGAUCGUUUACAUAAAGGUGAUCCAUAUAUGUUUCACGAUGGCUUACUUUUUUGCCGUGCCGACUUUCAACAUCAUCAUUCGCAAAUGCAACAACACCACCACCAACAACAACAACAAAUGAUUUCGUCACAUCAUCUCCAACCUCCUCUUCAAUGUAAUCGAAGCGAUGAGGAAGAUAGUUAUGAAGAUGAUUGCUGUUCAUCAGAUGCAGUGACAAUGAGUAAUGGAAUUCAUCAAUCUGGACAUGGUCAUAUCAGCAAAGGUCGCGGACCCAAACGGCCAAGAACGAUUUUAACAUCAAUUCAACGACGAAAAUUUAAACAAGCGUUUGAUGUCAGUUCUAAACCGUGUCGGAAGGUACGAGAAAGUCUUGCGGGUGAAACUGGAUUGUCAGUCCGUGUUGUUCAAGUAUGGUUUCAAAAUGAACGAGCAAAAAUGAAAAAACUGCAACGUCGUCAAUUACAAAAUAACACCAAUGAAAUGGGUGAGAAGAAGUCGAAGAAAAAAAUGUCAAAUGAUGGUCUAUCGAAUCAUUAUAUAUUCGACGAUGAGGAGGAAAAUAUUGAAGAUAGUCGAUGUUCAUCGGAAGAAUCGAUUUCGCACAGUAUUUCCAAUGGUUUUGGCUCAUCCAAUGAUGAAAACAACAAACACGAAUCAACUGAUGGUCGACAUCUUCAUAUAAUGAAUGAGAAUUGUUAUUCAACGCACGACAACUCUGAUGGUGAUAUGAAUAGCGAUCCAAGAAAUUGCAGUCAAAAUCCUAUUGACAAACUCUAUUCAAUGGCCCAAAAUGCUUAUUAUUGUUCAGCGUGUUAA